UACUCGUAGCGCUUUGUGCCUAUUAUAAAAUUGCCAGCUAUCAAAAAUUUUGACCAAAACAAGAAGUCGCAUAUGUGUGUUUGACAUUUUAUCGUUUCGUAUUCUAUGAGUAUCGAUUUUGACAGGCAGAUGGCUUAAAUAGGAAAUUUCAUGAUUUGCAAACAAUGAUGACUUCUACAAAUGAUGAUUAUAAUCCUUUUGAGGAUCCAAGUGUAAAAAACUUAACUACUCAAGUUGGCAAUAAUCAAGACUCAAUUGGAGCUUACAAUCCAUUUGAAAAACCAGUGAGACAGAAUCCCGGAUCCGGUGAUCAUACUUCACCUGUUAAUACUACUGCUAUUACAAUGCAGAAAGAUGCUCCUCCCCCAGCAUAUGAAACUUCUGCUGCACAGAAAGCAGUGCCCUCAGAUUUAGAAAGACGCCAAGAGGAAUUAGAAAGAAAAGCUGAAGAACUUCAAGCAAGAGAAGCAAGACUUGCCGCAUCUCCAACUGCUGCAGGAAGUGGAAAAAACUGGCCACCAUUACCUGCCAAAUGCUGUGUUGGACCAUGCUUUUACCAAGACAUUUCAGUUGAAAUUCCUGAUGCUUAUCAAAGAACAGUCAGAAUAGUGUAUUAUUUGUGGAUAUUUUAUACUUUGCUCCUGUUUCUAAAUAUGUUGGGAUCACUUGCUUUAUUCAUUGCACAUAAUGAAGGCACAACAUUUGGAAUUUCCAUUUUGGUCUUCUUAUUGUUCAGUCCUUUGUCAUUUGUAUGCUGGUUUCGCCCACUGUAUAAAGCUUUCAGAUCAGACAGUUCAUUUAACUUCAUGGUUUUCUUUUUUGUCUUUUUCUUCCAAUUUGUUGUUGCUGUUUUUUAUGCCGUUGGUAUUCCUAAUAUGGGCUCUUGUGGCCUUUUGAAUGGUAUAACCACUUUAAACCAAACUGGAGAGCACACAGUCAGUAUUUACACUGUUGGUAUUAUAGCUAUCUUGAUUGGAUUUGGAUGGGCUAUUCAUGCUAUGAUUUCUUUUUACAUGCUUGUAAAGAUUCAUCGAAUGUAUAGAGGAACUACUGCAAGCUUUGCCAAGGCCCAAGAGGAGUUAGCAAGUGGAGUAAUGCGUAAUCAACACGUUCAAAAUGCUGCUGCAGCUGCUGUUACUCAGACUGUCCGACAAGGUUUUAAUUCUGGAGCUUCUGGACUGAGAUACUAAUAUUAACAAUGGUCUUUAUCAUCAGAAAAAGAGAUUUUCUCUCUCUUGUUAGGAUCUUAUUGAAUCUCAUAUUUCUCAUCUUUACUUUGGGAAGAAAAAAACAAAUCCGAGUGAAUCAUGAAUCAGUUACAUUCCUGUAUAAUUUUGGUUUUUUUUUCAUAUUCCCAAUCAUAUCUUUGUUUCUUGUUGCUUACAGAUGAUUAUUGUAAUUAUUAACAAAUGCUAGAUGUAUUUUUUAUUUUCUAUUUAUUUAGUAAUAAAUGUUAACAAUGUUACCAAAAAA